GGGGCAGGGGCGUUCGGCCCGGCCCGGUAGCUGGGGCCGGCCUUGCCCUUCCCCGGGCCGGUCGUGCGGCAGCCGCCGCCCUCCGCAGGCGGCUGGUGACACACCCGCUCGGCUGCAGCGAGCCCGUGCCCGGUAAGAGGCUGUGAGGCCCCCUCCGCCCCGUCCUCGGCGGCUUCUCCUCCCGCCGGUUCGCCUCUGCCCGGCGCGGCCGGCGGAGGGGCCUUCAUCCCGCCAGGCCUGCCCGUAGUGGGGGUGUUGGGCACCCGCCGUUCUGCGUUCGCUGACCUUAAAUGUGGCUCCUGGGCGCUGUUUUCCCAGAGAAGGGCCCUUGGUGGCUCUGGCAGCUGCAUGAGGGAGGAGUUGCUUCACACUGUAGAGGAGGUAACACCAGCUCUGCCGGGCCCACGCCUUGCAGGAGGGACCUGACCUCCAGGGCAGCCUCCUGUCUUGCUCAAAGCCUGUUGCUGUUGGAAGCCAGAAUCAGAAACUCCAUGAAAUUUCUGUUGGUUUUUGAUUUUGACCAUACAAUCAUAGAUGAAAAUAGUGAUACCUGGAUUGUGAAAUGUGCCCCUGAGAAAAAACUUCCUAACGGAUUAAGAAACUCCUACCGACCAGGACGCUGGACAGAAUAUAUGGGCAGAGUCUUUGUCUACUUGGGAGACAACGGCAUCAAAGAAGAUGAGAUGGAAAGGACUAUGACAACAAUUCCUUUCACUGCGGGAAUGGUAGAUCUUCUGGGUUUUAUUGGUGAGAACAAAGAGUUGUUUGACUGCAUAAUUGUUUCGGAUUCUAAUACAGUGUUUAUUGACUGGAUUUUGAAAGCUGCUGGCUUCCAUAAGGUGUUUGAUGAAGUGUUCACAAACCCUGCAGCAUUCGGCAGUACUGGCUAUCUUACUGUACAGAACUUCCAUGCUCACCAUUGUGCACAGUGCCCUAAAAACCUGUGCAAAAGGAAAGUUUUAAAAGAAUUUCUGGAUAAACAGUUGGAGCGAGGAGUAAGUUAUACACAAAUUAUAUAUAUUGGUGAUGGUGGGAAUGACUUAUGUCCAGUAAUGUUUUUGAAGAAGGAUGAUAUUGCUAUGCCUAGGCAGGGGUACACCUUAGAGAAGAAGAUUUCUCAGCUGGCCCAAGAUCUCAGUCCCGUAGAGUGCUCUGUUCUGGUUUGGUCAUCUGGUAUUGACAUUAUGUCUUAUCUGAAGCUGCUUAUGAAGGAAUAAUGCAAACAGUGAAAGGAAAUUAAUAUGGUUAUAUUUUAUCUUCCAAGGAGAGAAAAACUGCAUGUGCAUAAAAGCACAAAAUUGUAAAACUGGGCUGUUAUCUGAACUUAUGUUUUCUAAACACAGUCUAAAAGUGUUUAUGUUCAAUCUUGACAGCAGUGGGAAACUGGCUUUCUACCAUAGUACACAUUCCACCAUAAGUGGAGAAGGGGAGUUGCAAGAGGUGACUCUUGGUCUUCCCUCCCUCCCCCAAAGCCUUUACCAACUGCGUGACUGACCUUUGCUGUUCCUGUGCUUAGGGGAAGGAGCUGGAUUAGCGCACAAAAUAACGAAAUUCUUUACUUAUAAAACAUUAGGUGCCAGGAGCAUUGUUCUGGAACUGUUGGCUUUUAUACUUAUUUGAUCAGGAGGAAUGUUUAAUUUUGUAAAUUAUUUGGUAUGGUCGUGAUCUUGUUUGAUCUGAAGAUGCAUUUAUAUUUUCAAAAUACUAAAUAUUUUACCGAACUAAAUUACUUUUUUAAUAGUUUGUGUUACCUUGUAUUGUAAAGACAAUAAAAGUUACUGUUGCUGACGAAAGCAACCCCCCUGA